AUGGCGGCUAAUAAACGUGUUGUCUAUGUUGGGGGACUUGCAGAAGAAGUUGAUGAGAAAGUUCUUCAGGCAGCUUUUAUUCCUUUUGGAGAUAUUGUUGAUAUUCAAAUACCUUUGGAUUAUGAAACUGAGAAAUACCGAGGAUUUGCUUUCAUUGAAUUUGAAUUGGCUGAGGAUGCUGCUGCAGCCAUUGACAAUAUGAAUGAUUCUGAAUUAUUUGGGCGUACGAUCCGUGUGAAUUUGGCCAAACCAAUGAAGAUAAAAGAAGGCUCAAUGAGACCAGUUUGGGCUGAUGACAACUGGCUUCGAGAACAUGCUGGAGAGACUGUAACUAAAAAGGAAAAUGAGGAAGAAGAACAACAACAAGCAGCAGCAGCAGAAAAUACAGAGAUUCAGCAGCAGCAGCAAAAUGAGGAACCCCCAAAGAAGAAAAUGAAAUCAAAUCCACAAGUCUAUUUUGAUAUCCGAAUAGGCAGUAAAAAUUGUGGACGGAUUGUUAUAGAACUCAGAGCAGAUGUUGUGCCAAAAACUGCUGAGAAUUUCCGCUGUCUUUGUGCACAUGAAAAAGGAUAUGGCUAUAAAGGGAGUACUUUCCACAGAAUCAUCCCACAAUUUAUGUGUCAAGGUGGAGAUUUUACCAAACAUAAUGGAACUGGAGGAAAAUCUAUAUAUGGAAGCAAAUUUCAGGAUGAAAACUUUGUUUUAAAGCACACAGGCCCAGGCAUUGUAUCCAUGGCUAACUCUGGUCCAAACACAAAUGGAUCUCAAUUUUUUUUAUGUACAGAUAAAACAGAUUGGUUGGAUAAUAAGCAUGUUGUGUUUGGGAAAGUCAUUGAAGGAAUGGAUGUUGUGCGCAGAAUUGAGAGUUAUGGUUCAAAGUCUGGAAAACCAACAGAAAAAGUGUUGAUAGCAAACUGUGGAGAAUUAGUUUAA